GGUGCAGAAUCGUCAGUCAGUCUCUCCGGAGCGGCAUGGGAAGACAUUUGCAGUGUGUGUGUGUUUGUGGACGUGCAGCGGUGGGCAAUUCUACAAUCGUUGCGCAAUUUGGCCUCUGAGUUUAUGCUUCUCAUACUCAUUUUUCAUGUCAUGACGCUCAGUUCUUGCAGGAUUCCUCUUCGAUGCCGAAAAUUCCGUCACCUGCACACCUGAAUUGCUUUGCUUCGCGUUUUGGCGUGAUACUGAAUUUUAGGGUUCGAGGUCGUGCAUUUGUAGAAGAAGUGGUAAGAGGAGUAUGUGGAUCGUUAAGCUUUGAUUCGAAAGGAGGUGAUCGAGCUUUAGGUCAGGUGUCAAAUCAUGGCGGUGGAGAUUGUGGAGGAAGAAGCUAUUGAAGCCAUGGAAAAGCUCGAGAAGGGUGGCGAGGUUGGGGUGAGUGAAGAGGAGCUGGGUGAUGAAGGUGAGGAGGACAUGCCGUGGGAUUCCUCCUAUUCUGCAUUCAAAUUUUCGCCCUCUGCUGUGGAUGCUAAUUGCUCGGCUGAUCUGAUCUGGAACAAAAUUGAAUUGGCCGAGAGGUUCUUGGUUAGCGCCAUGUAUCAGGAUGCAGCCUCAACAGCUACGACUAUCCUGCAAACAUUAUCCUGUCUCAUGCACUUAAGCGACCAUGAAGAAAGCUGCGGCAGUGAUAGGGAGGAUAUUACAGAAGAUGCUGAGGUUGGCAAGUCCGAACAUGAAGAAAUGUUGGAGUGUGCGGGCAUGGUAUUGCUUCAGAGCUACCGUGCAAUAGGCAGAGUUGGCGAAUUUUUCGAUUCACUCAAAGCGCUUAAUGUUGGAGUUGCUGAAUGGCCACCAUUUCUUGUCGAAAUAGGGGCCUGUUUGCAAGUAGCAGAUGGCGCGUUUCCGGCCGCGCGAGCUGCGCUUGAAGAAUUUCUGGCUUUUCGGAGUAUGUGCUUAUUGGAAGAGGCAUAUGCGGAAAUUGUGGAACUCUACGUCAUCAAAGUGCUUGCAGAAGGGCUUCAGGAAACUGAGCAUGCAUUGGACUGGGUGAAACGUGCAAGUUUAACUCAGGACAGACGUUCGGUUCUGUUGAAGAAAAUCCAGUUGCAGAUAGAACAAGCCAAAUUUGCUGAAGUGGUCCUCAAGCCAAUUGCCGAGUCCACCUCAAGUUUAAAUUCUGGCACCCCAACCGCCGUGCUGGAAUCUAUUCACAUAAAAGAACCAGUGAAGGAUAUGGAAACAGAAGAAAGUAGCGACCCAAGAUGUCAAUUGAAUACUUGUAAAGCAGCUGAUGAUUCAUCGAUAAGUUCAAAAUCUAUGGCUUUGUUGAAGAAGUUAAACGUCUCGGAAGGUUUUUUCUCUCUAAAGACGCUGCUGGAGCUGGCAUUCGCACGAGUGAGCGCUGCUACUUCAGCAUGGCAUCCUCUUUCUUCAGAGCAUCUGGAAGGGAAUGUGUUACGCUUUGGGGCUCUUGUAGCACUAUUUUUCUUCCUCAGACACUUUCCAACAUGGAGAAGGUUUAUAGGCAAAGCAAUUAACUCCUUUGGAGUAGGAAUACGUGACUUCUGGCAGUUAGCAUUUAGUGUACAAAUCAAUCCCUUAGCUGCAGUGAAUCCCAUCUCCGCUGCAUAUGGAUAGACUCAAGUUUUAACCAGCCUCCGCACAACUCGCGAAGUGGAUAGUUUUUACUACAAUUAGAAUGUCGCUGUAAUUUUGUGUCAACGUUUUCUAAGGGUUUUUUGAGUUUGUCUGAAGUGAUCCACCUCCGAUCAUGUUUAUGGAGGUUCCUUGCCCCUGAAGGCGGUAGCCCUUGGAUAGGGCCCCUUAUAUUAAAAGCUGCCUGAGAAAACGAAACCCCUUUCGCAAGGUUCUGGUAAUGGAAUUGCCUCAAAAUAAAUGUUUCAACGGACUUGUUGCUCA